UGCGGGCUCCCUCCCUCCUUUCCCUCUUCUUCCUCUCUCUCCAUCUCCUCUCUCUCCAUCUCCACCCCCUCCCCCGACCCCCGGGGCGGGGAGUCGACGAUCAUGUGAAGGUGAGAAGCAGGACAGCCCAAGGAGCCGUCGGGAAAGAUGGGGGAUGCUGCUGCAGACCUGAGGGAGAUGAAGAAGACUUUCAUUGUUCCAGCCAUCAAGCCCUUUGACCAUUAUGAUUUCUCCAGGGCCAAGAUCGCCUGCAAUUUGGCCUGGUUGGUGGCUAAAGCCUUCGGGACAGAAAAUGUGCCAGAGGAACUUCGAGAGCCAUUUUACACAGAUCAAUAUGACCAAGAGCACAUCAAGCCACCUGUUGUGAAUUUGCUACUGUCAGCAGAACUGUAUUGUCGUGCUGGGAGUCUUAUUCUCAAGAGUGAUGCUGCAAAACCACUUUUGGGCCAUGAUGCUGUAAUCCAGGCAUUAGCACAGAAGGGCCUCUAUGUUACUGACCAAGAGAAACUGGUAACAGAGCGAGAUCUACACAAAAAACCAAUACAAAUGAGUGCCCAUUUGGCCAUGAUUGACACCUUAAUGAUGGCUUAUACUGUAGAAAUGGUCAGCAUAGAGAAGGUAAUUGCUUGUGCUCAGCAGUAUUCAGCAUUCUUUCAAGCAACUGAUCUACCCUAUGACAUCGAGGAUGCUGUCAUGUAUUGGAUAAAUAAGGUAAAUGAACAUUUAAAAGAUAUAAUGGAACAAGAACAAAAACUGAAAGAACACCAUAUAGUUGAAACUCCAGGAGGCCAAAAGUCUCCUUCCAAAUGGUUUUGGAAACUGGUUCCUGCUCGUUAUAGGAAAGAGCCAGCCUUGCUUAAGCAGCUUCCUUGUAUUCCAUUAGUAGAGAAUCUCUUGAAGGAUGGUACAGAUGGCUGUGCUUUAGCCGCCCUGAUCCAUUUCUACUGUCCUGAUAUUGUCAGACUAGAGGAUAUUUGUUUGAAAGAGACUAUGUCAUUGGCUGACAGCCUAUAUAAUCUACAAUUGAUCCAAGAAUUUUGCCAAGAGUAUUUGAACCAGUGCUGCCAUUUUACCCUUGAAGAUAUGCUUUAUGCUGCAUCAUCCAUAAAGAAUAAUUAUUUAGUGUUCAUGGCAGAGCUGUUCUGGUGGUUUGAAGUUGUGAAGCCAUCGUUUGUACAGCCUCGGGUUGUCAAUCACUCACAAGCUGAACCUCUGAAAGACAUGCCUUCUGUUCCAGUCUUGAAUGCCGCCAAAAGAAACUUUACAGAUGGUUCAUGCAGUUCUGACUUCCCCACAAGGGAAGGUGCUACAUUUUCCCAACCUCAUCAUCUGCCUGCUAGACAUCGAUACCCGAAGCCACCAUCUGAUUCAGGAGGAAUUAGAAGGUCUACAUCUAUGUCUUAUGUUGAUGGCUUCAUAGGGACAUGGCCCAAAGAGAAAAGAUCAUCAGUGCAUGGAGUUUCAUUUGAUAUUUCUUUUGAUAAAGAAAAUAGUGUCCAGAGAUCUACUCCAAACAGAGGGAUCACUCGGUCUCUUAGUAAUGAAGGUCUUACACUAAACAACAAUCGUAUGCCUAAACACAUUAGGAAAAAUUUGUCCUUCAAGCCAGUGAAUGGAGAAGAGGAGACUGAAAGCAUUGAAGAAGAAAAUAAUAUAGACUCUCAAAGUGACCUCACAUCUUGUGUACCCCAUAGUACGAUUGAAAUAAAUUCUAAUGAAAAUAUUCAUUUUAAGCUUCCAAAUGGAGCUUUGCAAAAUAGGGUACUUCUAGAUGAGUUUGGCAACCAGAUUGAAACACCAAGCAUUGAAGAAGCCUUACAAAUAAUUCAUGAUACUGACAAAUCUCCCUGUACUCCUCAAUCAGACCAAAUCACAAACGGGUUCUUUCUUCAUAGCCAGGAAAUGACUCUCCUCAAUUCAGAUUUCAAACUAACUCCAUCUAGUCCUGACAUUAUGACUGACACAAAAGGAGCUCUGAGUCCUGUGACUGAUAAUACAGAGGUGGAUACUGGAAUUCAUGUUCCUUCAGAGGAUAUUCCAGAAACAAUGGACGAAGAUUCUUCUUUGAGAGAUUACACUGUUAGUAUGGACUCAGACAUGGAAGAACCGUCUAAAUUUGUUCAGGAUUAUGAUACGCGCAUCAGCAACCACAGAGAAGCUUUAAGUCCUUGUCCAAGUACCAUGAGCACCAGGUCUCAGCCAGGCAGCAGUGCUUCUUCUAGCUCAGGAGUUAAGAUGACAAGCUUUGCUGAGCAGAAGUUCAGAAAACUGAAUCACACAGAUGGCAGAAGUAGUGGAAGCAGUUCUCAGAAAACUACACCAGAAGGCUCUGAACUCAAUAUUCCUCAUGUUGUUUCUUGGGCCCAGAUCCCUGAAGAAGCAGCUCUUCCCCAAGGAAGAGAUACAACUCAGUUACUGGCUUCUGAAAUGGUCCAUCUAAGGAUGAAACUAGAGGAAAAGAGGAGAGCUAUAGAAGCACAGAAGAAGAAAAUGGAAGCAGCUUUCACUAAGCAGAGACAGAAAAUGGGCAGAACAGCCUUCCUCACUGUGGUAAAAAAGAAAGGAGAUGGAAUAUCCCCUCUUCGAGAAGAAGCAGCUGGUGCUGAGGAUGAGAAAGUCUACACUGAUCGAACAAAGGAAAGAGAAUCCCAGAAAGCAGAUGUACGGAUUAAUAAAUCUGCCACAGAAGUAAUGAAAGACAGUGUUGAGAACUCUCAAGGCAAAUGGUUGAAGUCUCCAACCACACCUGGAGAUCCUGAAAAGCAUUGGAACUUGGCAAGCCCCUCUGAAGAGACUUUAAAUGAAGGAGAAAUUUUAGAAUAUACAAAAUCCAUUGAAAAGCUAAAUUCAUCUCUUCAUUUUCUACAACAAGAAAUGCAGCGUUUGUCAUUGCAACAAGAGAUGUUAAUGCAGAUGAGGGAGCAGCAGGCUUGGGUGAUUUCACCUCCACAACCUUCUCCACAAAAACAGAUUCGAGAUUUUAAAUCCUCCAGGCAAACAGGACUGUCAUCGCCAAUUGUGCCAUUCUCUUCAGACCCCCCUCGUCCCACUCAUCCAUCUCCACAGUCUUCUAACAGGAAGACCUCCUCCUUCCCAGUUAAAAUUCAAAGGACUCCUAGACCAAAUGAACUCAAAAUAACACCUUUAAAUCGCACCUUAACGCCCCCUAGGUCUGUAGAUAGCCUUCCUCGGUUGAGGAGGUUCUCACCAAGUCAAGUUCCCAUUCAGACUAGGUCUUUCGUAUGUUUUGGAGAUGAUGAAGAGCACGUGUGUGAACCUCAGCUAAAGGAAGCAAAAUCUACAGAAGAAGUUAAGGAGGAAGCGGAAUCCAAGGGCACUUUGGAACAGCGUGUUCACAAACUAGAGGAAAAGGAGCUCAAACCUGUGGAGUCAACAGUGUCUGAAGUAUUGUCACAACCCAUUACAGAGACUGUAUGUCUUACACCAAAUGAAGAUCAAAUGAAUCAACCCACCAUACCGCCUCAGACUUCUACUUUACUAGCCCCUGCUCCAGCUCCUAAAAGUGCUAAUUUAAUUGAAGUUUCCCUCUCAGACUUGAAACCACCUGAUAAGGCUGAUGUGUCUCUUGAAAAAUAUGAAGGAGAAAGUGACAAAGAACAGUUUGAUGAUGACCAGAAAGUAUGCUGUGGAUUCUUUUUUAAGGAUGAUCAAAAGGCAGAGAAUGAUAUGGCAAUGAAACGGGCGGCUCUGUUGGAGAAACGGUUGAGGAGAGAACGAGAGACUUUACUUAGAAAACAGCAGCUAGAAGCUGAAUUAGAGCAUAAGAAGGAAGAAACGAGGCGUAAAACUGAGGAAGAACGCCAGAAGAAAGAAGAUGAAAAAGCACGUAGAGAGUUUAUUAGGCAAGAAUAUAUGAGAAGAAAACAGUUGAAGCUCAUGGAAGAUAUGGAUACAGUCAUUAAGCCCCGCCCUCAUGCAGCAAAACAAAAAAAACCGCGUCCAAAAUCUAUCCAUAGGGAUCAUAUUGAAUCACCUAAAACACCAGUCAAAGGUCCACCAGGGUCACGAAUUUAUCGUGUUUUUUCAGUCUCUAGCCUUUCUUUGGCAUCACUGAACACAGGAGACAACGAGAGCAUGCAUUCAGGCAAGAGAACACCAAGGUCAGAGUCCGUAGAGGGCUUCUUAUCUCCAAGUCGCUGUGGUAGCCGAAAUGGUGAAAAAGACUGGGAAAAUGCAUCUACAACCUCCUCCGUAGCGUCUGGGACAGAGUAUACAGGACCAAAGCUCUUCAAAGAACCCAGUGCAAAAUCCAAUAAGCACAUAAUACAAAAUGCGCUAGCUCAUUGCUGCUUGGCUGGAAAAGUGAAUGAAGGUCAGAAGAAAAAAAUACUGGAGGAAAUGGAGAAGUCUGAUGCCAACAACUUCUUAAUCUUGUUCCGGGAUUCAGGCUGCCAGUUUAGGUCUUUAUAUACCUACUGCCCAGAAACAGAAGAAAUCAAUAAACUGGCUGGGAUUGGCCCCAAAUCUAUCACUAAAAAAAUGAUAGAAGGGCUUUAUAAAUACAACUCUGACAGAAAGCAAUUUAGCCACAUACCUGCUAAGACCAUGUCUGCCAGUGUGGAUGCAAUUACCAUUCACAGUUAUUUGUGGCAGUCCAAGAGACCAGUAACACCUAAGAAACUUUUAACCACUAAGGCAUAGUAGUUGGGAAAAAUAUUUGCUUCAGAACACUUGUGAUAUAUUUGCACUUCAUCUUCUUGCCUAUCAAAGAUAAGUUUUUGGUUGCCAACAAGACUUUUAUUACUUAAAACUGGACACUAAGCUCUGUUGAUGUCAUGCACAACUGGAAUGUAAACGGCAGUAUUUGGGAGUUCAGAAGAUUGUCCCUUUGGUGAUAAGUUCAAGUGGUCAUGGGAAUCAGUAUUUACAUAUGGAGAUGCGUAUGUGGUAAUAGAGGGUACAGCUGCAUGAGAUAAGGUUUGAUACACAAGCACUGAAUGUUCUUCUGUAGUAGCUGGACUUAAGGUUGAAAAUAUGGAUGAAAUUAUGGAUUUUUGUGUUUCUGUUACAUUUUUUACCUUUUUAUGUAUGUACUUGUCUUCAAAUGGUUUAUUUUGCUAAUUUUUCCUCUACUAAAGAAACUUUGGUCUUAUUCUUAAACUCCAUUGAAUUUUGUUUAUAUGAGGAGACUGUGAGAUUAAAUGAAACACAUCUUAAGUGGUAACUUGCACCUUUCUCAAUGAUGUUGCGAAAAAAACACUAGAUUUCGUUUUGCAAAAACCCUCAAGUUUUAAUGAUGUCAGAGCAGUUUCAAAAGCUGUUACACUAAGUAUUUACAGUCUGUAUUUAUUAUUCACACAAGUAUUAACAUUUCUUUAGAAAAAGGAGGAAGUGUUUUUAUAGAGCUGCUAUGGUUUGUCUUUUCGGUGGUAGGUAAGUAAUUGUAAAGAAUUAAAUCUAUGGAUGCUGUGUCCACAUCAGCUCUGCCCAACUCAGAAUGAUGUAGAUUUUCUUUUAACAAAAAAACUCUCUCUCACUUGUAAAGUAAAUGACUUUAUAAUCUUGAAGAAAUGAAUGACAUUUUGAGAAUAGUCUUUCCAUCUGAAGAAAGAUGUCUGGCCGUCUGUUGUUUUCAAGAGCUUUUUUCAUUCUAUUUAUAAGCAGUAUAGAAACUAUAUUUAGAAAUCUUUUUAAACAAAAUGUACAAAGGGCUGCAUUUUUAUUUCAAAACAAUGUCUAAUUAUAUUUUAUCUUUGCUUAGCUUGACAUUAUUCCGUUUUAAAUGGUUUUAGAUUAAGUACAAACUUGAAACCCUCCUCUCUAUGAUCUUUGGUUUCUUUAACAAUGCUGACCAGAGCGUUAGUUGGGGGAAAAAAUUCAUUCUCAGGAAAGGACUUGAACAAGUAUGUGACCCUGUCAUGUUCAGUGUUGUGACACCUGUGACAAACUUUAGAGAAAAAGGCAGGAUUGGGCUGUCAGUGAGAGGCGUCAUGUGUUUUCUUUCAUGGGAAGUGGAGACUAAAAAGAAACAUUUCUCUCGACUUGCUUAAAGAUAAUGUUGCAUAUGAUGUACUUUAUUUACUUAUUUUUAAAAAAAAUGAUAAGAAUGAAAUGUCCCUGAACCAUAAUUUUUUAAUUAUUAUAAGGCCUUAGGCAUCAAUGCAUCUGAGUUAUCAACAUUUUCUCAGAAGUGCUGUCAAUAUUUUACUGUAAUUUAUGUUCUUAUAUUUAUGUAUAUUUGUUAAAACUGUAAAAAAAAAAUCCAUAGAAUUUCCAAUACCUGUGCAAAAUGUAUGUGUAGCUCAAAACUACUUGUGAUCUACUGUUUGCAUGUAAGAGACCAGGAUAAAUAACACAUAUUUUAAACAUAUACAUAUUGUGUAUAUAACAUAAAUAUUAAAAAGAUGGGGGAGGAUUGCACAUUUUGCCUGUUAGACAAUGUCCAUGAUUAUAAUGAAGUGAUUUUAAAUAAACAUUUCAGAAAGAUCAUAGUAAAAAACUUUUAAAUCUGAAUAUAUGGUGAAUAAUAGGGAUCAUUUAUUGAGAACUAAGAAGUUACUUAUUACAUUUACUUUUUACAGUUGACAAGUGAUUCAUUCUCCUUAUAAAGUUUUGCCUAAAUAUUUUCUAGAGAAAAAAUCUGAUGCAUAAUUUUAGAAGGGACCCUCCAAAUAAUUGAUAUCACAUGUGAUGCAGUAUAUCCUGGAGUCUAGCUGUCUAACAGUUGAACUGUAACUUGUGCAUUGUCUAAAGGCAGAAUGUGAAUCUUUUCACUUUAAGUUCAUUGCUCUCAGUAUAAAAUUUUACUUUAUUGAUACAGGAAGAGUUUGGGGCUUUUCCUUUUUUAAGACUGCAAAUUUUCUAAUUAUGGUAUGGCUUUACUUGGAGCCAUGUGAAAAAAAAUUUUUUUUUAAGGCAAAUGAUGUUUUUUGUAAUGACCAGGAUUUGUCAUUGACCUUGUUGGAACACACUGGUGCUUUCAUCAACAGAGGUCAAAUUAUUAUUAUGACUAUGAUCAGUAUGGUUAAGUCUGCCAAACAAUUGUCUUAGUUUACCAAGGCAAAAAUGUCCAAUUCUAACUGUUAUUACAGCUAUGGAAAAUUUUCAGUUCCUCUUGGUUUAUUUGGGUUUUGAUUUUAGUAUAACUGACUGUUACAGCUUUUCUUGUUUGGCUGUUUAAAGCCAAAAUCAGGUAAUUUAAUUACAGUUUCAUGGGCACUAUUGAGCAAUGUACAGUGUAUGGUGUGCUUAUCUAUCCACUUGGAGCGUUAUUUCCAACUUUUUUUUCAGAUGCUCUGCUGUAAAAUAUUGUCAUAUUGUUCAUUUCCUGGUAUAGUGUAUUUCCCCCUUUCAUUUGAAUAAAAGCAU